AUGGCCCGGAGGUACGAUGAGCUGCCCCACUACCCCGGCAUCGUGGACAGCACCGCAGCCCUGGCUGGCUUCUCGGAGGCAGUGUCCUCGGCACCGAGAGCCCCCGGGCCCUAUGGCCCCCAUCGGCCUCCCCAGCCCCCGGGCUUGGACAGUGACGGCCUGAGAAGGGAGAAAGAUGAGAUCUAUGGCCACCCGCUCUUCCCGCUGCUAGCCCUGGUCUUUGAGAAAUGUGAAUUGGCCACGUGUUCUCCCCGUGAUGGGGCUGGGACUGGGCUGGGCACACCCCCGGGCGGUGACGUCUGCUCCUCCGAUUCCUUCAACGAAGACAUUGCAGCCUUUGCCAAGCAGGUCCGCUCCGAGAGGCCCCUCUUCUCCUCCAACCCAGAGCUGGACAAUCUGAUGAUACAGGCCAUUCAAGUGCUCCGCUUCCACCUGCUGGAGCUGGAGAAGGUCCACGACCUGUGCGACAACUUCUGUCACCGCUACAUCACCUGCCUCAAGGGGAAGAUGCCCAUCGACCUGGUCAUCGAGGAUCGGGACAGCAGCUGCAGAGAGGACCUCGACGACUGCCCAGCCUCCUGCCCCAGCCUCCCAGACCAGAAUACUACAUGGAUUAGAGACCAUGAAGACAGCGGGUCUGUGCAUUUGGGGACCCCAGGUCCAUCCAGCGGGGGCCUGGCCUCUCAGAGUGGGGACAACUCCAGUGACCAAGGAGACGGACUGGACACCAGUGUGGCCUCUCCCAGCUCUGGGGGAGAGGAUGAGGAGCUGGACCAGGAGCGGCGGCGGAACAAGAAGAGAGGGAUCUUCCCCAAGGUGGCCACCAACAUCAUGAGAGCCUGGUUGUUCCAGCACCUCUCGCACCCGUACCCCUCAGAGGAGCAGAAGAAACAGCUGGCGCAGGACACGGGGCUCACCAUCCUGCAAGUCAACAACUGGUUCAUUAACGCCCGGCGUCGCAUCGUGCAACCGAUGAUCGAUCAAUCCAACCGCACAGGGCAGGGUGCGGCCUUCAGCCCAGAGGGCCAGCCCAUGGCGGGCUACACCGAAACUCAGUCACACGUGACCAGCAGGCCUCCAGGAUCAAUGGGGAUGAGUUUGAACUUAGAAGGAGAGUGGCAUUAUCUAUAGAGGCUGAAGUCAGGAGAAAUACCCCACCCUCUGGACUGUGACCGCUUCCGGCUCUUACCUGCUUCCGGUUACCACCUGGCCCACCUCCUACGCCCCCCCACCCCCAACUCAACGC